AUGAAAUUUUUUAAAUUUUAUUUUUUAAUUUUAUUAAUUAAAUUAUUUAUAAAUUUAAAUUAUUGUAUGACCCAUGUUGUAUUAGAUCCAAGAGUAUAUUUUGUAAUGCAAUGGGAGAUCAAUAAAGAACAGAAAUCAAUCAAUUUUAUACUAUCAGCAGAGAUUAAAACAUGGUUAGGUAUUGGAUGGGGCAAUGGUGGGAAAAUGGAUGGAGCCGAUUAUGCAAUUGGUAUGUUUGAUAAAGGGAAUUUUUCAUUGUAUGAUAUGUAUAUGAAGGAAUCUUCAAGACCUCCACCAAUUCCAGAUCAAAUGGUUCAGGGUUGUUUUAAUGAUUUAAUUGUUAACGAUGCAUAUCAAAAUGAAGCAUACACAUUUAUUAAUUUUACUAAAAUCUACACAAUCAACGACCCAUGCGAUAAAGAACUUUCAAUUGAUAAAACAAUGUACUUUAUUUGGGCAAGAGGAGAAGAUAACGAUUUCGUUGAACAUACUAAAUCAAACUCUGGUGUUGUAGCCGUCAAAUUGGGUUCUAGUGGAUCUCAACUAAACUAUAUUCAGUGGCAUGCAGCAUUUUUGUUUGGUGGCUUUGGUGUCCUAAUGCCAAUUGGUAUUUUAAUCGCACGUUACUUUAAACAAUAUCAAUAUUGGUGGCCACUACACUACACAAUUCAAGGUGGUGCUUUUAUUUUCAUAUUGACUGGUAUCGUCAUUGGUUUUGUUAUGAACGAUGGUUUCCACACAUCUUUACACAGUGUAUUGGGUUUAAUUACAUUUAUAUUGGUAACAUUUGUAAUGGUUGUAGGAUACACCUCACAUUACUUUUAUAAACCAACAAGAUCCUCAAUUCCAGUAUGGCCCGAUAAAAUCCAUUGGUUCUCUGGUAGAUUUGUUUUCAUCUUUUCAUGGGUUACAAUUAUCACUGGUUUAGUCCAAUACAAUCUCUCUGGUAUAGCUUGGGUAUUUGCAUUCUUGAUCAUAUUUAUUAUUGGCAUCAUUAUCUUUUUAGAACAAUAUAAAAAAAGAUAUCAAUCAAUUGAAAAUAUAAAUUUAAUUAAAAUCAAUCAAGAAAAUGAAAGUUUAAAUAUUAGUAGUAAUAAUAAUUUUAGUAAUAGUAUGGACAAUGAUAAUAUUAACAACAACAAUAACAAUAAUAACAAUAAUAACAAUAAUAAUAUAAUAGUUUCAUUGGAUAGACAUUAUGAUAAUGAAGAAAAUGAGAAUAAUAAUUUAGUUGAUGAGGAAUUUUAA